CAGCCCCUCCACCUGCGCUGCAGCGCGACCCCCGCCGCCGCUCUCUGCCUGCGGCUCGGCCCUGCGCGCCGGGACUGGACUCCCCCAGCUCCCGGGGCUGCCUCCCUCGUCCCCCUGCCCAGGGGCUGCGUCCCUCCGCGCUUCUCCCCGGGCGCUCUGCAGGCUGGGCAAUGGGUCGCUCCUGUAUUUCCGACAUUAAGUGUCCCCCCUUGAAAGAGGCCAAGUCACCGGGCAGCAAAAAUGCCUCCCAGUAACCAGACUCGAGUUUUGCUUCUGAACGCCAUGGAAAAGCGGGAGAAGACCCUCUUCAGGCUUGAGCAAGGUUUUGAACUGCAAUUCCGACUGGGCCCAACAUUGCAAGGCAAGCAUGUUACAGUGUACACUAAUUACCCAGCUUCUGGAGAAUUAUUCUAUCGCCGCAAGUUCAGGGCACUAUCAUGGCACAACCCAACAGGAAGAGAAGAUGAUUCUGACAAAUACUGUAAACUGGAUCUCCAAAUUUCUGGAUCAUACCAGUAUUAUUUCAGUCAUGAAAAUGAGAAAAGUGGCGGAGGUUACAUAGUUGUGGACCCUAUUUUGCGUGUUGGAGCUGAUAAUCAAGUAUUGCAUUUGGACUGUGUUACACUCCAGACAUUCCUAGCUAAGUGUCUGGGACCAUUUGAGGAAUGGGAAGAUCGUCUUAAAGUUGCAAAAGAAUCAGGUUACAACAUGAUUCAUUUUACACCAUUGCAAAAACUUGGAUUAUCUAGAUCAUGUUACUCUCUGGCUGAUCAGUUAGAAGUAAAUCCUGACUUUUCAAGCCCAAAUAAAAAGUGUACUUGGAGCAAUAUAGGAAACCUAGUGGAAAAAAUGAAAAAUGAAUGGAAUAUGCUUUGUAUAACAGAUGUAGUCUACAAUCAUACUGCUGCUAACAGCGAAUGGAUUAGGGUGCAUCCAGAAUGUGGUUAUAAUCUUGUAAAUUCUCCCCAUCUGAAACCAGCCUGGAUAUUAGACAGGGCUCUCUGGCAUUUAAGCUGUAGUGUGGCUGAAGGGAAAUACAGAGAUAAGGGGCUGCCUCCUUCAAUUGAAAAUGACCAUCACCUGAAUUGUAUCCGUAAAAUAAUUUGGGAGGAUAUUUAUCCCAAGAUAAAACUAUGGGAAUUUUUCCAAGUAGAUGUUAACAAAGCUGUGCAGCAAUUUAAAACCCUUCUGACUCAAGGUAACAGGAAAACUAAAUCUGAUCCAAACCAACAUCUUCAAAUAAUUCAGGAUCCUGAAUAUAAGCGACUUGGCUGUACUGUAGACAUGAAUAUCGCAUUGGCAACAUUCAUACCACAUAGCAAUGGGCCAGCUGCAAUAGAAGAAUGCUGUAACUGGUUCCAAAAGAAAAUUGAAGAAUUAAAUGCUGAGCAGUUCCAGCAAACUGCCUACCAUCAAGAGCAGGCAGUCACUUGUCUUCUGGAGACUGUGGUUUAUGAGAGACUGGCUGACCAUGGUCCUAAACAGGGUUCUGUUAGUAGGAAAUACCCUUUAGUUACCAGAUACUUUACUUACCCAUUUAAAGAAAUGACCUUGGAAGAAGAAGAACUUCUGAUGCAUCAGCCUGAUAAAGCCUGUCACUUCUUGGCUCAUAACGGUUGGGUAAUGGGAGACGAUCCUCUGAGAAACUUUGCUGAACCAGGUUCAAAUGUUUACCUAAGAAGAGAACUUAUUUGCUGGGGAGAUAGUGUCAAACUGCGCUAUGGAAAUAAACCAGAAGACUGCCCUUAUCUGUGGGCACAUAUGAAAAAAUACACUGAAAUUACUGCCAAAUAUUUCCAUGGAGUACGUCUUGACAACUGUCACUCAACCCCUCUUCAUGUAGCUGAGUACAUGCUGGACACAGCUAGAAAACUGCGUGCUGAUUUGUAUGUAGUGGCUGAGCUGUUCACAGGAAGUGAGGAGUUGGACAAUAUCUUUGUGACUAGAUUGGGCCUUAGCUCCUUAAUAAGAGAGGCAAUGAGUGCAUAUAACAGUCAUGAAGAGGGAAGAUUAGUUUACCGCUUUGGAGGAGAACCAGUUGGGUCUUUUGUUCAGCCGCGUUUGAGACCUUUAAUGCCAGCUAUUGCACAUGCACUGUUCAUGGAUGUUACACAUGAUAAUGAAUGUCCUAUUCAGCACCGAUCUGAGUAUGAUGCUCUUCCCAGCUCAAUGAUUGUGUCCAUGGCAUGCUGUGCUACAGGAAGCACCAAAGGCUAUGAUGAGCUAGUACCACACCAGAUUUCUGUAGUCUCUGAAGAGAGGUUUUAUGCCAAAUGGAAUCCAGCAGCAACACCCUCUACUCCUGGUGAAGUUAAUUUCCAAACUGGAAUUAUAGCAGGAAGGCUGGCCAUGAACAGGCUGCACCAAGAGCUGGGAGCCAAAGGCUUCAUUCAGGUGUUUGUGGAUCAAGUUGAUGAAGAUAUAGUAGCAGUGACUAGGCAUUGUCCUAACACACACCAGUCUGUAGUGGCUGUGUCUCGUACUGCUUUCAGAGAUCCUAAAACCUCCUCCUACAGCAAAGAAGUGCCUCAAAUGUGCAUCCCAGGCAAAAUUGAAGAGGUAGUACUUGAGGCUAGAACUAUUGAGAGAAAUGUUAGUCCUUAUAAAAAAGAUGAGCAUUUUAUCAACGGAUUACCUAAUUACACAGUGGAAAUCAGAGAACACAUCCAGAUCCAAGAAAGUAAAAUUAUAAAGCAAGCUGGAACUGCCAUAAAAGGUCCCAAUGAAUUUGUUCAAGAAAUAGAAUUUGAAAACUUAACACCAGGAAGUGUGAUAAUAUUCAGAGUUAGUCUCGACCCGAAGGCACAAGAGGCUGUCGGUGUACUCCGUAAUCACCUGAUCCAGUUCAGUCCUCACUUUAAAUCUGGAAGUCUUCCCGAUGACCGUUCAGCACCUAUAUUAAAAAAUCUUUUUUCUUCUAUUGCUUCUAAAUUAACCUUGGCUGAUUUGAAUCAAGUACUGUAUCGGUGUGAUGCUGAGGAACAAGAGGAUGGUGGCGGAUGUUAUAACAUACCAAACUGGUCUCCCCUUAAGUAUGCAGGCUUGCAAGGAUUAAUGUCAGUGAUGGCAGACAUUAGACCAAAAAAUGAUUUGGGUCAUCCUUUUUGUGGUAAUUUGAGAUCUGGGGAUUGGAUGAUUGACUACGUCAGUGACCGUCUAAUUUCACGUGCAGGAGCCUGUGCAGAAGUCGGUAAAUGGUUGAAGGCCAUGUUCGUCUACCUAAAGCAGAUUCCACGUUAUCUUAUCCCAUGUUACUUUGAUGCCAUAUUAGUGGGUGCAUACACAACUCUUCUAGAUCUGGCAUGGAGUCAGAUGUCUAGCUUUGUUCAGAAUGGAUCAACAUUUGUUAAACACCUUUCCUUGGGUUCAGUCCAGAUGUGUGGGAUAGGAAAAUAUCCUUCUCUGCCAAAUCUGUCUCCUGCUUUACAUGAUGUCCCCUAUAGGAUGAAUGAAAUCACAAAAGAGAAAGAACAAUGCUGUGUUUCCUUAGCAGCUGGUUUACCACAUUUUUCAUCUGGCAUUUUCCGCUGCUGGGGAAGGGAUACCUUUAUUGCACUGAGAGGUCUAAUGUUGAUUACUGGGCGUUAUUUAGAAGCAAGGAACAUAAUUUUAGCAUUUGCUAGUACCAUGAGACAUGGUCUUAUUCCCAAUCUGCUUGGCCAAGGGACCCAUGCCAGAUUCAAUUGCCGUGAUGCUGUGUGGUGGUGGCUUCAGUGUAUACAGGAUUACUGUAAAAUUGUCCCAAAUGGCACAGACAUUCUCAAGUGUCCUGUUUCCAGAAUGUAUCCUACAGAUGAUUCUCCUGCUCAGCCUGCAGGCACAUUGGACCAACCACUGUAUGAAGUAAUACAGGAAGCUAUGCAACAACACAUGCAAGGCAUAGAAUUCCGAGAAAGGAAUGCUGGUCCGCAGUUAGAUCGAAAUAUGAGGGAUGAAGGUUUUAAUGUGACUGUAGGUGUCGACCAUGAAACUGGUUUUGUCUUUGGAGGGAACCGCUUUAAUUGUGGCACAUGGAUGGAUAAAAUGGGGGAGAGUGAUAGAGCUCGCAACAAAGGAAUUCCAGCUACUCCAAGAGAUGGAUCUGCUGUGGAAAUUGUUGGCCUGUGUAAAUCAACUAUUCGUUGGCUGCUGGAGUUGUCAAAGAAAAAAGUGUUUCCUUAUCAGGGAGUCAACAUAAAAAGGCAUGGAAAAAAAGAAACCAUCACAUAUGACGAGUGGAACAGGAAGAUUCAAGGGCACUUUGAAAAGCUGUUCUUUGUCUCUGAGAACCCAGCAGAUGCUAAUGAAAAACAUCCAAAUCUGGUUCACAAGCGUGGCAUAUACAAGGACAGCUAUGGAGCUUCAAGUCCUUGGUGCGAUUACCAGCUCAGGCCAAAUUUUACUAUAGCAAUGGUUGUGGCCCCUGAGAUAUUCAGUCCUGAGAAAGCCUGGAAAGCUCUUGAGAUAGCAGAGGAAAAGUUGCUUGGCCCACUGGGCAUGAAAACGUUGGAUCCAGAUGAUAUGGUUUACUGUGGAGUAUAUGAUAAUGCCCUGGACAGUGACCACUACAAUGUUGCCAAAGGUUUUAAUUACCAUCAGGGACCUGAAUGGCUCUGGCCUAUUGGAUAUUUCCUUCGUGCAAAGUUGUACUUUUCCAGGUUAAUUGGUCCAGAGAUGUACGCAAAGACUGUGGUUUUGAUUAAGAAUGUUCUCUCUCGCCAUUAUGUUCAUCUUGAGAGGUCAUCCUGGAAGGGGCUUCCAGAGCUGACAAAUGAAAAUGGGCAAUAUUGUCCAUUCAGCUGUGAAUCACAAGCCUGGUCAAUUGCUGUUAUCCUUGAGGUUCUUUAUGACUUGUAAAAGUUGGCUUUGAUUACUUGGUAAAAUUUGCUAUGUACUUGUAUUCAAAAGGUACAAAUGAACAGUUUGCUCAUACUGUAGUGAAAAUGUUUUGCACAGUCACUUAAAUAACUAUGGUCUGAUUUUUUUCAAAGGUGCUUAGUAUCUGUAUCUCCCAUUCACAGAAGAGGUAUUUAAGAGUGCUGCUCAGCACUUCUGUAAAUCAAGUCAUUAGUAUGAAUAUAUAUACACUUGAUACAGAAAAGCUUAUAAAGCAGCAACUUGGAGAAUGUACACAAAUGCAUUUAAAAUAGCUUUUGAUUUGUACACAUACUAAAUUAAACUAUAUCCUGUAUAGCAAGAUGUUAGAAGAAUAGUCUAGUUCCAAAUUAGAAUAUGAAUGCCAAGUGGUUCCAAAAAUCUGAGUUUAAACUCAUGGGGUUCUCUUUUCCAUAUUUUCUCUUAGUCAGUAGAUGCUAUGCACGCUCAUCAUGGGGGAGAAUAGAUUGUACAGGUAUAGGUAGUAUGAUGUGUUUUCUGCCGCAGUCAUGCAUUUCAUAGAUUGCACUUUCAUUAGUGUUUUGUCCCUCUGUGAUGAACUGUGUGGCUUUUCCUAACAAUUUCUUCUCUUCCAUGUUCAAUUGAACACUCCAUUAAAAAAAUAAAGUUUUCACUCUUUACAGAUAAUGGUAGUAAAUUAAUAUCUUCACAAACUUUAAAUGAAAUUUGAAGACUGUAAUUCUGAGCAAUGACGUGGAUGUAUCCUGUGUGAGAUACUUUUUAGGUUAUUUUUUGUGUUGUGGACCAUAUGGCCAAAUUGUAUUUCUUGAAUUUAAUUUGGUUUAAAAUAAUGUACAUCUGUCAACAAAUUUGUUCCACCAGUAGGAAACCGGAAGAAAGACUUUAUCAUGCAAUGGCCUGUACAUAUAUCAGGUGAGGUCAAAGGAUCCAGGAGCCCACAGGGUUGGGUGCUAACUUAAUGAUGAAUUUGAAAGAAUUGUAAAUAUAUUUCAGCCCUUGCUUCGAGUAGUCUUCUUCCCUGGGGGGGUGAAAUUCUGGCUCUACUGAAGUCAAUUGAAAAACUCCUUUUGUCUUCAGCGGGGUCAGGGUUUCACCCCAGUUGCAGAAAGGGGGCAGUCUGAUUCCAAAGUCUUCAGAUGUGAUGCUAAUAAGAGCAAGGGUACUGACAGCUGCCUGUUGCUAUUCUUCCCUUGAAUGUUACUUCCAUAAAAGCAUUUGUUCUGUAAUAUAUAGACACACACAUACCUUUACCUGAUCUCAAUCCAACCUUUUCAAAAAUUUGGGUACAUGGAUGGAGUGGGAAAUGUAUCCAUUUGAAUCUUCUGUCGGUCCCUAAAAUAAUGAAUAGACAACAGCUAGAUUGACCAGUAAUGUCCUCAACAUCACAGAAGGAAGUACAGCAUUACAUUGUAGAAGAAAUGGGCUGACAAUACAGAUUGGAGAUAUCCUAGCUCCUAAAACUGUAAGGGACCUUGAAAGGUCAUCGAGUCCAGCUCCCUGCCUUCACUAUCAGGACCAAGUAGUGAUUUUGCCCCAGAUCCCUAAGUGGCCCCCUCAAGGAUUGAACUCACAACCCUAGAUUUAGCAGGCCAAUGCUCAAACCACUGAGUUAUCCCUCCCCCCAAAUACAAAUUUUCCCUACUUCUUAUUGUUCUGUCGUUCAUAUAUAUUUUACAUUCAUGUUUUAAAAUUUACCCAACACAUUUAAAAUGUGGUGUUGGCACAUAUCUACUUACUUCAUGAGAAUAUACAGUUACAGGUGUAUUUAAGAAAAAACUGUUGAGAGAAGCAUUUAGGCAAACGGAUUAAAGCUAAAAGUCCAGUGCAGUUUUAUUUGUGAUGGAUUUCAGAGAUUUAUUUUCUAGAAGCCAGAGUUUAAUUUUGUUCAGGUUAUCAUUUAAAUUUAUGGUACUUCAUUGGUUACAGUUGCACUACUCAGAUCACUUGGUCAUAUUCACUUCUUUAAUCUAACCACUGUUUUUUAUUUGUGUGACAUGCUAGUUCGGGUACAUGAGGCAAUAUCAUGCUUUCCCGAUACAGAGUUUUUAGUUGAAUAGAACUCAUAGUUUAGUAAUUGGUUAUAGGUCACUCUGUAUUAUUAGUGUGUUGUUCUUAAAUUUUUAUAUAAUUGUCUUUCCUUAAUAUGGGUUCAAAUAAUUGGAAGUGAUGCUUAAAGGAAAUUUCUCGUUCAGAUUUUCUAUUGUGCUCAGGUUGUGAGCAGUUUGAAAUGGAUUCUUUAGGAAACUUUGUCUUCUAGCCUGACAGAUUGCAUAAGAGAUGAGACAGAAACGUAAGUUGAAAGGAAAAUGAUUCAUUGUUCUGUUAUUUAAAGAAUAUCUCAUUCUUUAUACCUUUCAUAAUCAGGAUUUCAAAAUAAGGAUCCAGAUUAUUUUCAUUCUCAAGUACAGUUUUUUGACUAGCUGUAUUUGUUGAAAAGUCAGCAACAGCCCAGUAAAGGACCGCAUUUAUAUGCGGUCAUAAAUCAGCAUGCUAUUUUACGUGUUUCUGUGUGCAUUUGAGGAAAUUCAGACAGUUUUAUUAUUGAAACAUUUAAUAAUGAUACAUAAGGAACGUAAGAAGUUACUGCUUUCCCAUAAAAUUAUGGGUUUAUUUCUAGUUUAGCUCUUCAUUACUGUGGGUAGAAUUGGAAAGUGUACAGUGGGAUAACUUUGGGGGAGGGGGAUUUAUUCAGUAAGUCUCUCUUGAAAUUGGAAAGAAGUUUGAAGAGCUAUUAUUGUUCUAAAUAGAUUGGGAUUAUAUUAACUGCAAUAACAAUCUCUAAAUGUAAGAAAUAUUUGGGAGAAAUGAUGCUUCAAAACUUUCCAUUCUAUCAUGGCUAACUUUAAAAAGUUUUGUGAAUUGCACUGUUGACACGAACAUAAUACACAUUUCUCAUUGCUAGUUUAUUUUUAACUUAAUAUUAAAAUAUUUAAAAAGAGAAAUCACAGAGAUGUACACAGAUAUAUACAUUAUGCUAAUUAUGAAUUUUGCAAAUAGAUGCAUGUUUAAAAUGCUAUUUCUGCACUGAUUAACUAAAUGUAAUUCUAGUGACAUAUAUACUUUUAAGAAUAAAGUAAGUAAAAUUAUAUAUUAUGGGCUGGUUUUGCCCAUGGAAACAAGAAAAUUUAGAUUUUAAAUUACUAUUCAAUCCUUCUUGCUUUGAUCUCAAACACUUUCGAUGCUUUUGGUCAGACUGGACAACUUAAGAAUGAAGUGAGGAAGUCAAAAUUUUCUUCUGAACAUAUUAAAAAUGAAUAGUGUAUGACUUGUAUUUAAUUUUGGGGGGUAGAGGGAAGAGAGAACUGUUGAUCUAAUAUUUUAUUUUGUUGGGCUUCAGCACCAAGUAAACUGUAUACAGCCCAAAAAACAACAAGGAGUCCGGUGGCACCUUAAAGACAAACAGAUUUAU